AUGUCGCAAGCGCAAGACCUCCACCGCGCCCUCUUGCGACCAGCGAUCAUCCACACUCUUCGCGCCGCAGGCUUCCACAGCACCAAACCCUCCGUCCUCGACACUUUGGUCAACCUUGCUGAACGACAUCUGCUAUUACUCGCCCAGACUACAGCUCAACAUGCCUGGUCUUCUCACAAUGAUCCCGUCCCGACAAUCACAGACGUCCGCAUGGCUCUCUCAGACUGCGCUGUCCUGAUCCCUCUUACCUCGCCCUCAGAAGAAGGCUGGAAAGAGCGCAUGCGCAAACCACUCUCCGAAGUCGCAGACGUGCCUCAGGGUGGAGCGAAGCGGAUGCAAGCCGAGAAACGAAAACGCGAUGACGAAGACACGAAAGACGUGAGGGAGUUCACGAAAUGGUACGAUUCUCCACAGUAUCGCGAGAUCCAGAGAGUCGCAGGCUUGGAGAAGGACUUGAGUGUCGCGGGUGCUGCGCCGGUAGUUGGUGUUGGUGGAAGCGUGGUCAAAGAGGACGAUUUCUUUACGGCACUCAAGAAGAAGCAUGGUGGAAAGGUGGGUGGGGAUGAGAGGUUUCAAGGUACGGUGCUGGGACGGGCGGCAGAGGAUAGAGAAGUUGUGGUCGAGGGUGGGCCGGUGCAGAAGAUUCAUGAAUGGAGGCCUAGAUUGGAGGAAAGGAGUACGAAUAUUCAGGCCCAGCAGAAUGGCGUGAAGGAAGAGGAAGAGGGGAGUGCUGCGGUAUCGCCGGCGGAAGCGAAUGACACUGCGAUGCAAGAAGUUGAGGCGGCCGCAUGA